GGAAAAGAUGUGCCAGCUUUGGACAGUGCCAGCCCUGUUUCUGCUGCUCUGCUGCCCCUGGGCCAAUGCCAGUUCUCUACGGGGUGAGAUUGUGGGGGGCCACGAGGCACGGCCCCACUCGCACCCCUACAUGGCAUACCUGAAGAUAGUAGAGCAGGGGUUCUGUGGGGGCUUCCUGGUGGCCCCUGACUGGGUGAUGUCAGCUGCACACUGCCUGGGGAACACCACAGUCAUCCUGGGGGCUCACAACAUCUUUGAACCAGAAAAAUCCCAGCAGGUCCGAGGAGUGCUCAAGUACUACGAGCACCCUGAGUACAACCCCAUCACCAAUGCAAACGACAUCAUGCUGCUGCAGCUGACAUCAAGGGUCACUCUCAAUGAAUACGUGCAGCCCAUCCCUCUGCCCAGGACUGGCAGUGACCUCCCCACGGGCACCAAGUGCAUGAUUGCAGGCUGGGGUCUGAUCGACGAGGACAGGCCCACCAGCAAGCUCUUUGAGACCCAGGUGUCCAUCUACAGCCGCAGGAAAUGCAGCCUCUUCUACCCAAACCUGAAUUCUGGCAUGAUCUGUGCUGGCAGCUUCCACCAGCUGAGGGAUUCCAGCCAGGGAGAUUCUGGUGGGCCCCUGGUGUGCAAUAAGGUGGCACAAGGAAUUGUUUCCUUUGGCCAUGAUUCCCCACCCGGGGUCUACGCCCGCAUCUCCAACUACCUGCCCUGGAUCAGGAAAGUCAUGAAUAAGUAAUGGCAGUCAGUGGGAGCAUUUCUCCAGCUCUGCUGUGCCCGGGACACUGCAAAUCUUCCUUCCUGCCCCUGCUGAAGGCUCAACUCCCUGCUGUCUCCUCAGGAACCCAAAUUACUUGCUCAGGGCACCUUCACUGGGUUCUGGGGCUGCUGUCUGUCCCUGUCUGCCUGUCUGUCCCCCCUGGCAGGAGCAGAGAUGGCCCCAGAUGGCACAAAAAGAGGCUGUGCCACAAGAAACCCCACUUCCUUCAGAGAUAACCCUGUUCCUGCUUGAACCCUGCUUGCACUUCGAGUAAACUCAAAGCUGCCCCU